AGGAUCGCAGUGCGCGUGGCCGCGGCGGCUGGUGUGGGGUUGAGUCAGUUGUGAGACCCGGAGCUGCUGACCCAGCGGGCGGCCCGGUGGCCCGGCCACAGAGCGGCAGGCGUCGGGGGUUCGGGAGCGGUGAGCUGGCCGCAUCAUAGAGCUCGGCCGAGCCGGCGCCGCCGUCGUCCCCCGCCCCCAGCUAGCAAACCGCCGCCGCGGGCGCGCCCCCGCUCUGCGCUGUCUCUCCGAUGGCGUCCGCCUCCGGGGCCAUGGCGAAGCACGAGCAGAUCCUGGUCCUCGACCCGCCCACAGACCUCAAAUUCAAAGGCCCCUUCACAGAUGUAGUCACUACAAAUCUUAAGUUGCGAAAUCCAUCCGAUAGAAAAGUGUGUUUCAAAGUGAAGACUACAGCACCUCGUCGGUACUGUGUGAGGCCCAACAGUGGAAUUAUUGACCCAGGGUUGACGGUGACUGUUUCAGUAAUGCUACAGCCUUUUGACUAUGAUCCCAAUGAGAAGAGUAAACACAAGUUUAUGGUACAAACAAUUUUUGCUCCACCAAACACUUCAGAUAUGGAAGCUGUGUGGAAAGAGGCAAAACCUGAUGAAUUAAUGGAUUCUAAAUUGAGAUGUGUAUUUGAAAUGCCCAAUGAAAAUGAUAAAUUGGGUAUAACUCCACCAGGGACUGCUCCGGCUGUCGCUUCAAUGAGCAGCAUCAACAACACAGUUCCAACACCUGCCAGUUAUAAUACGAAGAAUGACCCCAGGGGACUCAGUGUGUUCAAACAGGAGAAGCAGAAGAAUGAUCUGGAACCCAGCAAAACUGUUCCACUGAAUGCCUCUAAACAAGAUGGACCCAUGCCAAAACCGCAUAGUGUUUCACUCAAUGAUACUGAAACAAGGAAACUCAUGGAAGAAUGUAAAAGACUUCAGGGAGAAAUGAUGAAACUAUCAGAAGAAAAUCGACACCUGAGAGAUGAAGGCUUAAGGCUCAGAAAGGUAGCACAUUCGGAUAAACCUGGAUCCACCUCAGCUGCAUCCUUCAGAGAUAAUGUCGCCAGUCCUCUUCCUUCCCUUCUUGUCGUAAUUGCAGCCAUUUUCAUCGGGUUCUUUCUAGGGAAGUUCAUCUUGUAGAGUGAAGCAUGCAGAGUGCUAUUUCUUUUUUUUUCUCUUGACCAGAAAAAGAUUUGUUUACCUACCAUUUCACUGGUAGUAUGGCCCACGGUGACCAUUUUUUUUUUUUUUUUUUUUUUUUUUUUUUUUUUUUUUUUUGUGUAUACAGCGUCAUAUAGGCUUUGCCUUUAAUGAUCUCUUACGGUUAGAAAACACAAUAAAACAAACUGUUCGGCUCCUGGACAAAUUGUAUAUUACCAGAUCAUCACUAGCAGAUGUCAGUUGCACAUUCAGUCCUUUAUGAAAUUCAUAAAUAAAGAAUUGUUCUUUCUUUGUGGUUUUAAUAAGAGUUCAAGAAUUGUUCAGAGUCUUGUAAAUGUUAUUUUAAUAAUCCCUUUAAAUUUUAUCUGUUGCUGUUACCUCUUGAAAUAUGAUUUAUUUAGAUUGCUAAUCCCACUCAUUCAGGAAAUGCCAAGAGGUAUUCUGUGGGGAAAUGGUGCCUCUUACAGUGUAAAUUUUCUCCUUUACCUUUGCUAAUAUCAUGGCAGAAUUUUUCUUAUCCCUUGUGAGGCAGUUGUUGACUGAGUUUUUCAUCCUUACAAUCCUGUCCCAUGGUAUUUAACAUAAAAAAAAAUAAAACUGUUAACAGAUUCUUGCUCGAUA